AUGGCGGCCAGGGAGCAGAGCCCGCGGCCCGGCGCCAGGGCGCGCGCCGUGCAGCGCGCCUCCACCAUCGACGUCAGCGCCGACAUGCUGGGCCUCUCCUUGGCAGGAAACAUUCAGGAUCCUGAUGAGCCGAUUUUAGAGUUCAGUUUAGCUUGCAGCGAGCUGCUAACUCCGUCGCUAGACCGAAAACCAAAUAGUUUUGUAGCGGUGAGUGUAACUACUCCUCCUCAGGCGUUCUGGACGAAGCACGCGCAGACAGAAAUUAUUGAGGGAACAAGUAAUCCUAUAUUCCUAAGCAGCAUUGCCUUUUUCCAAGACUCUCUUAUCAAUCAAAUGACACAAAUCAAGCUCUCCGUGUACGACGUGAAGGACAGAUCUCAGGGAACAAUGUAUUUAUUGGGUUCUGGGACGUUCACUGUAAAAGAACUUCUUCAGGAGAGGAAUCACAGGUUGCACUUAACACUAAGGUCCACCUCCAAAAAAAUUUCAACGCAGAGUGUUUGUUGCAGGUCUGCUGAAAGUGACCGUGUAGGUAACAUUACAGUUAUUGGAUGGCAAAUGGAGGAAAAAUCUGACCAAAGGCCUCCGGUGACCAGGUCACCUGAUACAAUUAAUGGCCGGAUGGUUUUGCCAGUGGAUGAAAGUUUAACAGAAUCCUUAGGGAUCAGGUCCAAAUACGCUUCCUUGCGGAAAGAUGCACUGUUGAAAUCUGUGUUUGGCGGUGCCAUUUGCCGCAUGUAUCGCUUCCCCACGACGGACGGCAACCACCUGCGGAUCCUGGAGCAGAUGGCCGAGAGCAUCUUGUCGCUGCACGUGCCCCGGCAGUUCGUGAAGCUGCUCCUGGAGGAAGACGCCGCGAGGGUUUGUGAGCUGGAAGAGCUAGGAGAGUUGUCUCCCUGCUGGGAAAGCCUUCGUCGACAAAUAGUUACUCAGUACCAAACAAUUAUAUUAACUUAUCAAGAAAAUCUAACYGACCUGCAUCAGUAUAAAGGUCCUUCAUUUAAGGCCAGUAGCCUGAAAGCUGAUAAAAAACUGGAAUUCGUUCCCACAAAUCUACAUAUACAGAGAAUGAGAGUCCAGGAUGAUGCAGGAUCAGAUCAGAACUACGACAUAGUCACCAUAGGAGCACCAGCAGCUCAUUGCCAAGGCUUUAAAUCAGGAGGCUUGCGGAAAAAGCUGCAUAAAUUUGAAGAGGCAAAGAAACACAGUUAUGAGGAGUGUUGCACCUCCACAAGUUCCCAGUCUAUAAUCUACAUCCCACAGGACAUCGUUAGAGCAAAGGAAAUCAUUGCACAAAUCAACACCCUGAAAACUCAAGUCAGUUACUAUGCUGAAAGGCUCUCAAGAGCUGCCAAGGAUAGAUCAGCUAACGGCCUCGAAAGAACACUUGCCAUCCUGGCAGACAAGACCCGGCAACUUGUCACAGUCUGUGACUGCAAGCUGUUGGCAAACUCAAUACAUGGACUGAACGCUGCAAGGCCAGAUUACAUCGCUUCAAAGGCUUCCCCCACCUCUGGGGAAGGGGAACAAGUGAUGCUGAGGAACGACCAGGACACCCUGGUGGCCAGGUGGACGGGGCGGAAUAGCCGGUCUUCUUUGCAGGUGGAUUGGCAUGAAGAGGAAUGGGAGAAGGUGUGGUUGAAUGUAGACAAAAGUCUGGAGUGUAUUAUACAGAGGGUGGACAAACUCCUGCAGAAGGAGCGCCUGCAGAGCGACAGCUGCGAAGACGUUUUCCAGUGCGACACCAGCUGCACGAGUAAGAAAGGUAAUCGGGACACUCGCGCCUACUGGAUAAAUCCAGAAGACUUAGAUGAGGUCUCCUCUCCACCUUCAUCAUCCUCACCAGCACCUCCAUCCACACCACCUUGCGCAUGCCAUUCCCUCAGAAGCACACAUGGCAGCCCCGCUCCGGAGGAAUCGGGCCCAGGUGAAUGGAGCGAGGCCCUUUACCCCUUGCUGACGACGCUCACGGACUGCGUGGCCAUGAUGAGUGACAAGGCCAAGAAAGCCAUGGUGUUUUUGCUCAUGCAGGACAGCGCGCCAACGAUAGGGCUGUGCCUGAGCCUGCAGUAUCGCAGGGACGUUGUCUUCUGCCAAACUCUGACAGCCCUUAUUUGUGGUUUCAUUAUCAAGCUGAGGAACUGCCUACACGAUGAUGGAUUUCUGAGACAACUCUAUACCAUCGGCUUGCUGGCCCAGUUUGAGAGCCUGCUGAGCACUUAUGGCGAGGAGCUCGCAAUGCUGGAGGACAUGAGUUUGGGAAUAAUGGACUUGAGGAAUGUAACCUUCAAAGUAACKCAGGCCACGUCAAGUACAUCUACUGACAUGUUGCCGGUCAUCACUGGGAAUCGGGAUGGGUUUAAUGUGAGGAUCCCUUUGCCAAGCGCCUUGUUUGACUUGCUGCCGCGAGAGAUUCAGAGCGGGAUGUUGCUGAGGGUGCAGCCUGUGCUUUUCAACGUGGGGAUCAACGAGCAGCAAACCCUAGCAGAGAAGUUUGGAGACACGUCGCUGCAAGAAGUAAUUAACAUGGAAAGCUUAGUCCGGUUGAAUUCCUAUUUUGAACAGUUCAAAGAAGUUUUGCCUGAUGAUUGUCUACCUCGAUCUCGUAGUCAGACAUGCCUGCCUGAACUGUUAAGAUUUUUGGGACAAAAUGUACAUGCAAGGAAAAAUAAGAAUGUUGAUAUCCUUUGGCAAGCUGCUGAGGUGUGCCGCAGACUGAAUGGCGUUCGUUUUACGAGCUGCAAAAGUGCCAAGGACAGGACAGCCAUGUCGGUCACCCUGGAGCAGUGUUUGAUCCUGCAGCACGAACACGGUAUGGCUCCCCAGGUCUUCACCCAGGCUCUGGAGUGUAUGAGGAGUGAGGGUUGUCGGCGAGAAAAUACAAUGAAGAAUGUUGGAUGUCGCAAGUAUGCGUUUAAUUCCCUGCAACUGAAGGCUUUCCCAAAGUAUUACAGGCCUCCAGAAGGAACUUAUGGAAAAGUUGAAACAUAAGCAUACUAUGUCCUUUAAUUGCUGUUCCAUUAAAACAUGUGGAUACGCUCUAGAUUAAGAUAUGAUUUUGUCAUCCAGAACAGAUAAAUACCUUUUUUGUACGUUUCGCUAGAUUAUACGGAGCAUGUUACUUAAAGAAUUGGAAUCUAUAGUAACAGUUAUUCUGACACCUUAGCUUGAGAAUAGUGAUGACUCUGCCCGUUAAAUAGCCUUCAGUGUAUGUCAAUGAACAGAUAUUUUACCAUUUAAUAAUUACCUAUAUGCAAAUAGCUAGGUACCUCCUGGAUGGCAUGGACUUUAUGAGUGAAUGGCACCUAGGCAGCUGUUUCACAAAACAUCUUUUAUACUGAGUUGACUUGAGAUCGAGCUUUUCAUAAACUUUUUAAAACUGAGAGUAUAACUCAAAAGUUGUAAAUAAAAAGGGAUUGGAUCCAAGACAGUCUUAAUAACUGUAGGGUGCAUUGUUGCAAUCAAGAAACAGAUGUUUAAUUAAAAAGAAAAAAGAAAAGGGCACAACAAAAGCCAGGAGUUUGAAAUGUUUUGCUGUAUAUAGGAUACCAUCUUCAUAGAUGACGUUAAUACAUACAAGGCCAGGCAUAUGAGUUUUGUCUAAAGAAAAGACAGAAUCCCAUGGUUUACAGCAGCAAAAGACCCAUCUUAACUGAUUUUAAGAAAUGCUUCAAACACCCAACACUUUCUAAGCUAUUGAUGCCAGCAAAAAUUCCCUCUGCCCUUCCCGAUCAUAAUUAAAGUGCAACAAGCAAGUUGCUGAUGUUGCAUUUGAAAUGUUUAGUAUGGUUCAUGAUAUUGUAUAAUAAUCAACUUUUCUCUUGCCUAUCGCAUUUGAUAUCACUUCUUUAUUGUAAGCAUUAAUAUCUUGGGGAUUUACCUUUUUUUAAUUGGCGUUUUUAAUUUUUUUCAGUAUCUGGCAAUACAAACAUUUUCCAAGUGCCCAGCACCUACCUGUUUCCCCAUGCCACCAACAAAGAAAACCCUGUUUAGCUUUGCAUUUUGCCUUGCUGGACUCCGUUCAGAAUCAUGUGUAGGAAACAUGACUAUUUUCAGAAUAUUUCUGAGGAAGGUGGCGAUGGCCUGUUUUGAUACAAAAUAACUGCCUACACGUUACCUGCUGGCAGGCCAUGAACCUCAGCUGUGUUCAGGCUCGUGACUAAGGUGACUAGUUGAGCAUUAGAUAAAAUGCAUUUCACAGACCUCCUUGUAAAAAGCCCCCCAAAGAAUGCCCUUGAGGAGAACAUCCCUUUUGAAGACACUGAUAAAUAUUAACGUCCAAAUUCUGCAUCUUUACAGCUUAAGUCAUCUCUCGCUAGUUUAAUUCAGCCCUCUGUGCUCUUCGUUGCUGAAGAUAUAAGCUUUAGAGUAGAAAAAUCUGGUUAUUUAUUGUCGUGAGAGUAGYAACAGCCAGGUAAGUAUAUGGCUGUUUCCUGGUUUCUUUCUGCCUCUCACUGAUGUCUGUCUGUGCUGUCACUGCUCUAUCAAUCAGCCAUGUCCAUUCUGCUCCCAUGUAGGUUUGGGGGUUUUAAGUACAGUGGUUUUUGCAUUUUGCUUCGUGCAGUUUAUCACUGAGCAGCAGCAUAUCACUAAGGCAGGCCAGAGAGUUCUGCUGGACUCGGUUCCCGUUAGUUCAGUCUUUUUCAGGAGAACCACCCGAUUUCUGUACAAAAUCAGUGUGUUUCUCGUACUUAUACUAGUUUCAAACAAAUGAUCUACAGUAGAGCAGUCCCUUGGAGUCUUAGGGAGAGUCUUCCCUUCACAGUUAGGGAAGCACUGGAUUGUUCUUGUAACCAAUAUGUAAAACAAAUGUACGGUGGGAGACUUCUUAAGAAGAUCUCUUCAGCCUCAGUCCUCCUGUAGUUCUGCUUGACCUUCAGUCCCUGGUGCAUUAUCAAAUGCUACAUUUAUUUUUGUAUAAACUGUACUCUUUAUAUCCCUUAGUUUUUAUGAGUUCAUAAUUUUAUUUUGUAUAUUUCAAACAGAUAGCUAACUAUAUAUUUUAAAGCUUAUAUUGUUACACUAAAACUCUUCUUCCAGUCUUCACCUUCAGACAGAAAUAACAUGAGGUCUGUCGUAACGAUUAGCAGAGACGUGGCCUACGUUGGCUACUAACGUGGCCACUAACACGGCCAACAACCAUCAGAUCCACUCUAGAGCUUGGAGAUCCUUUAUUUAUUGCGAUCAGGAACAGUUCCCAAGCUGUGUAUGUGCAUGGUGCUUGCUCUCCUUUUUUAAAUGGUGGAUUAUCAGUCUCAAGUUCUGCAUUAUUUUGCUUAAGCUGCUCCGAUUUCAGUGUACUUACACGUAAAGCAUCACUGCUCAGCUGGCAUUUUCUAUAUGCAGCGUGGUCAGUACAUGCACAUCGAUGGGCUUGUUUAAAGGGCGGAACGAGCAGUAAGAUCUUGAGCAGUUCAUCAGAGGAAGAAAAACUGUGAAACUUGGAAUCUGUAUAGGAAACUUCACAAGGGUGAAGUAAGCUUUAUUGUUGCACAGGAGAGGCAAAUUUAAGGAUUACUGUAAAAUGAAGUUCUGUCUAAUGUUCUUUUUGAGUACAUUUUUUAAAUUAUAAAACAUACAAAGGUAAAAAAAGAUGUUGCCAAGUAUGUUCUGUGUAUGUUCUGUGAAAGUACCUACAGCACAGUUGCC